AUGUCUUCUGGACACCGCCGUUAUUUCCUGGCUGCUGUUGGAGCGGCUUCGCUAGCGGCUUUCUUGUACCUAAUGGAACGACGAAGGAAACGCCAGAUCAGUAGGGCGGUUCAGAAACCCGCCAAACCGUCUCUAGAUACUGUACUAGAAGCAGAGCCUCUUAGUAGGCAGCCAUCUACAGCAUCAGCACCUGCUACAGAUGCCCCGGCCCCCGUCCCAGAAGUAAAAGUGUCCUACCCUGUAGCCGAAUCCAAACAAACGUCAGUAAAGCCCUCGCCCCCAAUGACGUCAGAAUCUCAUAACGUGCAGCCGGCUCCAGAAGUGCCACAGGAAAAGGCGGCCGAAGAGAAACAGGUUCGUUGCUUGUCUUGAUGUUGUCGUUCCGGUCUAACCCUCAUCGAUGUCCUAUCCUGUGCCCGUUUUUUAAUUCAUAGGCAACCCUUUGUGACUUUCAAAAAGAAGUCAUGAGUUCGCCGCUAGACAAAAAACGUAAUAGUAAUAAGCGGCGAAGACUUUUUGAUUAGCUGCCUGUUAACUAGACUAACUUUUUUCGUUUAUUAGUUGCCUACACAAUGUUCGUCGACAAUCUUAACCUUCUCGUUUUAGGAUAAACAAAAGGACAUGACAAAAAAAGUCCCAAAAGUACCAAUAGUACGAGUAGACCAGGAAGAAGUUUCGGAUACGGUAUGUCUAUUACGUAACCACUAAAUUACAUUUUUAGGGGAGUGUCAAGUCUCUGGUCGUAAACACCGAAACACAGAAGAAAACAGUGACAGAGAUAACACAAAUCCCGGCCGAAACUGAAUACAAAAACGCUGAGAGCCCGUCACAGUCUUCUACCAACAGCGAGGGAUCAGCUGACAGCGGAAGAGCUACCGGAGGGCCCAACUGCAGCCCAUUCGAACAUCACAAUGACUAUGAAAUCUACCCGGUCUACGAGUUCGAAGUGCCCAACACUUUGGUCGGUCUGAUCAUCGGGGUACAAGGAAAAACCAUUUCUGUAAGGCUACCCAAUCGUUACAUUAUUAUCUUGUUUAGGAACUAUGCAAUCGUGCUCAAGUCAGGAUGUUAAUCAGACCACACCACACGUUAACCAGGGUAGAGACCCAUCAGAUCUGCUCCAUCGAAGGAAAACGACAAAACAUCAACAAGUGUUUGCACAUGAUAAGAUACCGAUUCCCUCAGAACAGAUUCCCUGAUCUCAACCUGAAGCCGGUGUUGCCACCUACGAUCCUCGACGCUCCAAAAGUUGUCGGUUCUGAGCCAACAGCGGUAAGAACAACUAGUUGUUUUAUUAAUUAUGUAAUCUUUAAAACUAUUUGAAUUAAUCUUCAUGUGUAAUAUACACUCUUUUAGCUGAGUCUACCGGUCGGCGUACCGUGUGAAGUUUUCGUGUGCUCCAUCGUGGACUCUGGUCACUUCUUUGUUCAACUUCCCACACAUCCCACCUUCUCGUCACUUUCCACCCUCGACUACUACACAAUGAAUAUUUACAGUAACCUGUCCGGUAUCCCAGUUUUACCUAAACCGUGUAGCCCCGGUGUUGUAUGUAUUGCCCCAACCUGUAGCGGAUGGUUCCGUGCCAUCACUCUGCAUCACAAUGAGAACGAUGACACCGUACUCGUCAGAUUCGCUGACUACGGGGGUUUCGCGACCUUGCCCAGAACAGAGCUAAGGCAGAUUCGAUCAGAUCUAACGUCAUUACCUAUGCAAGCCAUCGAGUGCUACUUGGGCUACGUACAGCCUUCUGACGGCACCGUGCAUUGGAGUAAGAAUGCUGUGGAUGUAUUCACUAAACUAUGCUCAAGCAAAAUCGUUCAUGCAGAAUUGAUUGGAUACCACAAGGACAACAACAUUCCCUACGUUAAAUUGUGCACUGUAGAUGAAAAGAAGAAUGUAAGUUUAAGUUUCGUGUCAUAUCUAAACCAUUUGCUUUAUGUUUACUUACACCUACUUUAUGGUAUCAGAUUAAUAUAAAAAUAUCACAUUUUUGAAAUAAAAACUUUUCAGGUAAAACGCGUAGACCAGGUUCUAUUAGAACUGGGCCAUGCCAAACCCGCAGAUCCAGCCAAGAUGGUGGGAGUCCAAUCAGCUGCUCGCAACGCUCCGAUCGCUAGAAAGAAGCACUAA